UACAAAAUUAAUGAUACGAUUCAUCUCUGUUCACUAAUCCGAGCACUGAUCAGGUAAAAAUCCGAGCUCCAGGAAUCAGAUUGAACUCCGAAAUGUUGUGCUUGAAAUCCCGUGAUUUGCGCCUGAUUAUUGCUGCGUGUGUGCAGGCGGGGUGUAAUUUCCAGGUGAAAAGGAGUAAAACGGCGUCGGAUUGGGUGAGGAGUCUGCUGAGGAGCAAAUUCUUCGUCUCGUGCGUGGAUCACGGGCAACUGAGAAAGAGCGAGAAGAAUCUGUUCUGCAUAGAUUGCAACCUAUGCUUAUGUAAGCAUUGCGUCACUUCUCAUGCUCGCCACAAUUGCCUUCACCCCCUCCUCCAAAUCUGUAAAUACGUGUAUCGUGACGUCGUUCGCCUCCAAGAUAUUCAACCGCACCUCGAUUGUUCUCUGAUUCAAGCAUACAAAGUGAAUGGGGAAAAGGCCAUCCACUUGAAUCCAAGACCUCAACUAAAAGAUGUAAAAAGUUCAAAAGCAAAAGUUGGUGGAACUUGCUGCGAAGCUUGUGGGAGGCACAUACAAGACUUUCCAAAUCGCUUUUGCUCCAUUGCCUGCAAAAUUUCAACAUACUCAGCGAUGACAACAAACCGAAGCCACAAGAUCAUAUAUUCCAAAGGUGGCCAAUUGCCCAAUCUGGAACAGGAAGAAAGUUCCUUUCAUGAAAAUGGAUAUGCUUCAAGCUCCUUCUCUGUAGCUGAGUCUUCGUCUGAGGUAAUACAGACAUGGUUAAGUACAGCUUUGAAGCCAAGGAAAAUAUUGCACAAGAGAAAGAGUUUGCCUAGGAGGGCUCCAAUGUGGUAAAUAAACACCAAUUAAGGAAAAAUAUAAAGAAAAUAAAACAAAAGAAAAAAGCUUUAAGUAAAAGAUUCACUGUUUCUUUUAUCUCCUUCCACCAAUCAUAUAUUUGUCUGGGACGUGAAAACAUAGUUUUGUUUCGUAAUCAGAAUAAAGCCUAAGUUUUUGUUUUGUUGAAUAUAGCAACACCCCAUACUAUUUUGUCAUGCUUUGGUUGUACAGAUAAAGAUUUUCUUGAUUAAGAGUAUCAUUCAUGUAAUUACUCUUUUUCGGCCUUUUUCGUACUUCAAUUCUCUUACCCACUAGCUUUCACCACACUCUACGGAUUUUUUUCUUAAAAAAAAAAAACAUAAUUGUAU